CUGAGAGAGAGAGAGAGAGAGAUGGAUCCAGACUCGGUGAAAUCAACUCUUUCUACGUUGGCAUUUGGAAAUGUCAUAGCCGCUGCAGCUCGCGAUUAUCAGAAGGAAUUGCUUGCCAAGGACAAGGCACAAACUUCAAAUUCUGUUAACGAAGAGGUUGAUCUUGAUGAGCUCAUGGAUGAUCCUGAGUUGGAAAAGUUGCAUGCUGAUAGGAUUGCUUCUCUCCGGAAAGAAGCUGAGAAGCGACAAGAACUUAAAAAACACGGACAUGGCGAGUAUAGAGAGAUUACGGAAGGAGAUUUUUUGGGUGAAGUUACGCAUAGUGAAAAAGCAAUUUGUCACUUUUACCAUCGAGAGUUUUACCGUUGCAAGAUAAUGGAUAAGCAUUUGAAGUUGCUUGCACCAAAGCAUUUUGAUACUAAGUUCCUUAAAUUGGAUGCAGAGAAUGCUCCCUUUUUUGUCACCAAGCUAGGAAUCAAAACUCUGCCGUGUGUCAUCCUUUUCAGGAAUGGAAUUGCUCUAGAUAGGCUUGUCGGGUUUCAGGAAUUGGGAGGAAAGGACGAUUUCUCCACAAAAUCACUGGAGUCUUUUUUGUUAAAGAAAGGAAUGAUCAAGGAGACCAAACAAGACGACGAUGACAGAGACUAUGAUCAAGAACACAGGUCAGUGAGGUCAUCUGUGAAUCCUGAUUCAGAUUCAGACUGAUGGGAUUUUGAAGAAAUUUGGUUCUUUUUUUUGUAGGAUUAGAAAAACAUAUUUUCAUUCUGUAAUAUGUAUUUGUUUAGUGAUACACUUGUGUGUGGCUCACAUAAGAAGAAUGUACAAUUGGUGUGUCCCAUCCAUGUCUCCAUGCGUGUUUCAUAAAGAUUGUAAAAACAAAAAAUAGGGUUUAUUUCUUUUUUUUAAUCUAAAUAAAUAGUAUUACGGGGU